ACAUGUGCAGUGAAGUGCAUGCAUGUCGAGCUCGAGUGUUGUUGUAAUUUUUGUAUUGGCCGAUUCUCGUUUACCUGUGUUUUUGUUGUCAACUGUACGACUGCUUUCCUAAAAUUCAGCUUGGAGUCUGUCCCUCCCAUCUCGAUUGUCACAAAUCUUGCUUCUCACGAUUGCAUCAAUUAAUGGAAUAACAUUUACUUGUACAAGUAUUAUUUCGAUUCUUUCUCGAUUUCGACGUAGCAGAAAUCAACGUAGCUAGCUAGCUUAGCACGAAAACAUAUACGAUGACGUCACGUAGUCGUAAAUGUGAAAGGUCAUUCGUUUCCGUUGACCUCAUUAGUGGGCGGAUACUUCUAACCGAGCGCAAAAUCUUUCAGCCAAUCAUGAGCUACGACGCUCAUAACGGACGUAAACACAAACGGCUGGCAUGUGUAUUUUCAAUGCAAGCCAACGCGCUAAACUUGAAUGAAUGAAUGAUGCAUCCGCUCAACUGUGCCUGAUGCGAUAUGUGUAAAUAUUCGUACAAAUUAUACUUAUAGUCCUUUUCUUUUCCUGAGUGCAGUACUUUGUCUUCUAAAAGAUGAGGGAUACUUGUAGCCGUACAUGUACCUUGCCUGCAAGGUCAUCAUCUGAAAUGGCAAAACAGUCACCAUCAUCAUCAAGGUCAACCAGUCUCCAUGUACGGGUUCUCAGGAGCAACAGUAAGCUGCCAAAAACCAUGCUCAUCGAUCUCCCAGAUGAACUCCUCAUUUAUCUACUGAAAUUCUUACCAAUGUGUGAUCUCCAGAAUAUGUAUAGAAUAAACAAACAAUUCAAAUGGCUGCUAGACUCUACCCCAAGGAUAUGGGCCAAUGCAAGUGUAGUCGGAAGGUGGCCAACCAACUCAACUGAAAUGGAAUGCUUCAACAGGGCUGCUGCAUUAGGAAACAUUGAGGCACUGAUCAAACUUGGUGUUGCAUAUUUGUAUAGUGAAGGAGUGGAGUCUGCCCUAUGUAAGGAUGGAAGCAGAGCCGCCCAGUACUUCACCAAGGCCGAGAAAUUAGCUCCUUGUAAUAGUCCCUUCACGUGGUUACUCAUCCGUCCCCCCUGGAGCAAUUGUGGAACAUGCUGCAAAGCCAGGGUCUUUCAAUGUAUGAAGGAUAUUUCUACUGAGUCAAAGGAAGCUGACCAAUCAGUACUAUUCUGCCUAGCCAAGCUUCAUUCGUUUGUCGAGGACAUGGAUCUGAGUACAAAGAAGAAAAAUGGUCACCAGUCUGAAGCGAGAGAAUGGUUGAAGAAGGCAGCAGAUGCUGGAAGUGUGGCAGCCAAAUAUGAAUAUUGGAAAAACGAUCUCACUGAAAGUACUAAUGACCAUGCAACUAGUCUGAACAUUCUACGGCAACUCAGGGAAUUUGCAUCUCAGGGCUGUUUAGAAGCUAAACUGCGUUUGUAUUCAGAAUACGCCAAAGGCAAGUUAGGAGGUGUCUCACAGGCCCAUGCCAGGGAAGCGAUGAGGGGCUUCGUAAAAGAAUCACGGCCGACUAAAGUGAACACAAUACUCAGAUCUCAAAAUGGACUCAAUACUGCAAUGAGAUACAUCUUGGUUGACUGGUUAGUCGAGGUUGGUAGUAUGAAGGAUUACUCAUGCUUGACCAUUCACAGUGCUGUCCAGUUAGUUGACCGUUACCUAAUGGCUAGGAAUAUCUCUCGGUCAACUCUACAGCUAGUCGGCAUCACAUGCAUGGUCAUUUGCUCAAGAUUGCUAGAAGAUGACAUCAUAACAAUCCGUGAGGCAGCAUGGCUGACAGACGGUACCUAUAAGUAUGAAGAUGUGGUUCGCAUGCUUGGAGAUGUGGUGGCAACACUCAAAGGCAAUCUUAGGGAACUUACAGUAUUAGACUACCUUCAUCUGUUCUGCCAAGUUGUAUCAGCCGAUAGCAAGAUGGAAUACUUAGCUUUGUACAUCAGCGAGCUAUCAUUACUCCAUGCAGACUUUGGGCAGUACUCCAGGGCCCAGAUAGCUGCCUGCUCGCUUUUCCUUUCAAGGCUUAUGUUAGGAGCAGAUUUUUCUUGGCCAACUCCUCUAGUUGAACACACUGGUUUUGAGAUCUGCGAUCUAGUACAAUGCACACUACACCUUCAUAAUAAAUGCUUCCUGGACGAUCCGGUCAAAGACCACCGUGAGGUGACCUUGGCAGCGGUCAAGCAGCGCUUCUCAGAGGACCUCUUCCUAGCGGUCAGCAAGUUGGACGUUAUGGAUCACCAGACUCUCAGGACUAUGCUGUGUGUGGAGGAUGACGAUGAGGAUCCGUCUAAUGCAAGCAGGAUCGACCCGGUGCCGUCUAGCAAAGAUGGCAUGGAUGCGUUCCUGCUCAUGUCGCCAUCAAGAAAGUCAAGAGGUCAAAUAAAGCCAAAUGCGGCAGAGUAUAGUUUACAGGAUGAUCGUAGUGACCGUGUCUCCACGCCGACCCAUGAAUUCCCUGAAGAUGAUGAGCCAUUGUUGGGUGUUGAUGUCCAUCCUAUUGAUAUCAGCGAGUCAGAUAUUGAUCCACAGAUCUUUGAAAAACCAAGUAAAGAAGUUAUUCCAAAGAACAACAAAGACCACGUCUCUACCAGAUCCUCGGCCUCGUGGGUUGUUUUAGACGAGAGCCAGUCCGUCUCGGUAAAAACAAGAAGAUCAGCUCCAUCGUCAUCAUCGAAACCCUGUUCGAUGACAUCUGGGGAUAUGGCCGGCUCCACCAACUGCUUCCUACCUCUAUCAACCUCCCUUUCAUCAUCCUCAUCGUCGUCGGCGAAGUCAAAUAAUCAGGUAGCAUACACCAUCAGCGCUAGCGGGAGGUUAUGUCAGCAGAAAGUCAAAGCUCGGAGGGUCGGGGCAAGCCCUGUGAGCAGUAGAAGUAGGAGCAUUCCACAGUGUAGCAGCAUGAAGAGCUGCACGCCCUCAAGCACAGUGAGGUACCAGUUCAGACAGAGGACACCUGUGCAGUCCGUGAAACGCAAGAGCAUGGAUGAUUCAAGCGACGAAGGGGCAGCUGGUCAUUGAGUCCAAUACCACAAUAACAAUGUUAUCAUCUCAAGACCUACUUUGAUUAUCUCUUCCUUACUGCCUUAUAAGGACCUAUAUCCAAUUAUGGGAUUAACCUGACCUCUGUAUGCAAAGGCUACAGUCGCACAGGUUUGUUGUCUUGCUGGUUUUUGAGGAGUUACAGCUAAUUAGCAUCCAUAUUGGUGCUAGCUUUCACUUAGCAGAAUCUAUGAUCUUACUAUAUCAUGGUUGACUUUGAGACAUUUAUCGUGAUGCAACUUGACAGAGGGAAUAAGAUCACAAUGUUGCAAUUGCAAGAUUGGUGAGCAAAUUUUGUAUUUCAGUGACAGUUGACUCAAUUUGAUAUGUGAGAGGUGGUCAUGAUCUUUGUUGUUAACUUGUUAUGAAUAAUCAGUUUGUUUCUUCUGUCAGAAUUGGACUGAUGAAUUGACCUUGUUCACAAAAUAUGUGCGUUCCAAAUCUUAUUUUAAAAAUGCUAUCUCUCGAAUUGAUGGAAUCCUUCACCUUGAUCUACCUAGCUCAGCUAUCAUCUUGUGCUGCGUCUUGGUAUACCUCUCGUCAUUUUGAAUGUUUCAUACAGUAUCAUAUGGGUCCAUCAAAUACUUUACACUACAUAUUGACUGAGAGCUGAAGGGUCGCUACUCCUCCUUCAGCUGAAUAAAGUGAAUAUUCAGCUUGUUUCUUCUGAAUGUCAAUAUCAAUUACCAUUUGUGGAGGAAAUGCAGACAAUAUUUGGUUUAAAUAUGUCUCAUUACAUGAAACCUAAUAUUGAACAAAAUUUGAUGAUAAUUCUGUCAUCAAUGUUGAUGAAUUUUCAGCAUUGAUUGUAGUUUGAACCAUGGAAGUUAUUAUUGAUGUUAUACUGUAUGUGUAAGUGAUAAGCAUGGUGCUACAUGUAAGCAGUUUUUUGAUUAAUUAUAACUUAAAGGUAUUACCUGGAAUGUGUUUUUCGCCAUAAAAACCGUCAGAAAUUAUUUUCGUACUGUUCUCAAAUCUUUGUUUCAGUUUUGCCUAUUCUCACUCCAUUGAUGUGCUGAAGGGUUUUUUAAUCAAUUUUCAACCAACCUGAAUGUAUAAUUUUCAAUUUCAUAGAUGUACAUUUAUUUUUUUAUAUACUCUAUCUACUUUCAUGUGACGAUGGGUAUCAUUCUUUUCAUAUCUACUUUCAUGUGACGAUGGGUAUCGUUCUUUUCUUUUGAUGAUUUUUUUUUAUAUCUUAGUUGUCUCAGGAAUGUUCAACUUUGCACAAAUAGAGCUUUCAUUUCCUUUUACGUAAAGAAACUUCAAAUUUUUCUGAUUGAAAUAGCGCACCAUUGAGAUUUGUGAAUGAGAGUUGAUAUAAUACUGGCUUUCUCAAGAACGAAGGAUCUUUUAUCUUGUUACUUAUGAUGAAUUCACUCAUGCCUACAUGUAAGUGGCAAUGAUGGAUGCAGUCUCGUGCUUCAGGCAUCCAGCGUUCACCCGUCAUUGUAAUUUACAUAAUUGUAAUCUAGUACCAGCAGCGACUGAAGCAAUCCGGGCAUUAUUAAUGAUUGCUUUAUAUUUCUAUACAGUGGCAAGUGGACCCAAGUUUCCACAAAAUUUUAAAUAAACAUGUUGUGCAUCAAUGAUUACAACAUAGGUGCUUGUUUACACACUUGUCCUUUUAAAUGACAUGUACAUGUAUAUGGGUUCAUCAAAAAUCAUUUGUUCUAGUUGGUUGUAAUCAUCAAUCAUAGAGUUCAUGUACAUGUUUAAAUAACUUGCAUAACAAUCUUUUUCCCAAACCGAAGCAAUUUUUUAAACCAUAUUUUGUGUCAUUAUGCAGAAAUACUUUACCUCUUGCGAGUCAAAUUUCAUCUAAUUCAGAGUGAUUUCUCGUCCCAUUAGAAUUGACUUUAUUUAUAGUCCAAGUUCCCUGUAUAUUACACACUACAUUCAUCAAUAUUCUUUGAGUGUAUAGAGCAUACACAUUUAAUAGAAGAAAUUUAGAAUUAUUUCUCUAGCAGCUACAAUUGGAGAAAAAAGUAUUUGUUCACUAUUUCAUGAGCAUUCCACAAUCAGUGUACAUUCCUUUGAUGCUGCAUAAUCAUUCCAUAUCAACGGUGCUUUUUUAUGGUGUCUGAAUGAUCCAAAUAUCUUUUUGAUCUUAGUGUUGAUGAGGGAUGGUGAGUUUAGACUAGUAGAGAAAAAAUGUUUAUUGGACUGCAAAAAAGAGAUUCAUAUUCAGAUUAAAUUGGCAGUAUUGUAUUGAGUGGUACAUUUUGUGAUUUCUGUCAGUUUGGACAGUCAGAUAGUUAGAUACAGACUGAUAAAGAAUUUGAUUGAAUUUGGAAUUUUAAAGUAAUGGAAUUUUUCUUUUCGAACAAGCCUUGUUUAUUUGUUGUAAGAUGGAUAAUCACAAUGAACUUCCAGUAUGUAAAGAUGAUAUUAUGCUAAUUGAGAUGACACAAAUUUUAAGUUAUUGAAUUUGAAUCUUGAAAGCAUUAUGAAGAAUAUAUUUAAGUCUUGAUACUCGGAAAAUACUGACCAGAAUUGUAUUUCUGACUUUCCAUAACUGUAUUUUUAUGAGAAUUCCUGAUAUGUAUUUGAAUAAAAAUUUGGGUGUAAGUUAUUCGAAUAUUCAAAUGUGUUCAAAAUUUAGUGAUGCAAAACAAGCAUUAUUUUCACAUGAAAUAUUAUUGUCUUCCCUUUCAGAUGUAUUCCAAUUGUUGAUGAAAAAUUAUGAUAUGCUGAAUUUGUGUUUUGAAUUUCUGUAGUUUUUUCAAGGCAGAUUUUCAAUCACUGAUGUAUCUGUGCUCCAUGUAUAUAAUACUUUAUACAAUCACCAUGUGCCUUAAAUAAAAAGAAAAGGGAAAUUCUAAAGAUGAUGGUCUUUAAAAAAAAAAAAUUUUUUUUUUUUUUUUUCUGUGAAUCUCUGCUCAAGGUAGAUUAUUCAGUUAUACUAUUUUUCUUCUUUUUAAACUUUUCCUUUUUUGUUUUAAAUAACAUCUUCAUCUACCAUUCUUUUUUAUUUUUGUUUGUGGGAAGAAAGUGAAACCCCUUUCUUCAGAACAUGUCAACAUUUCUUUUAUCAUUACAUUGAUUCUAGGUAAAAUCUGCUGAAAUUGUAAAUAUAUUCAAUGCAUUUCCGUUUUCUAUUUUUGCUUUUUACAAUCUUUAAGUUUGUAACUUUUACAAUCAUUUGGAAAGUACUACAGAAAACGGUACUACAUUGCUUUCCCCUUUUUAUAUACAAUAUUUAGUUAUGACUUGUGUAUAAGUUAACAUGAUGCCUAUGCAACCUCUGCCAUGUGAUGGCGCUUUAUUAUUUUCUUCCAGCAUUAGUUAUGUGUAUGUUUGUAUAUUCAGUACAUGUGCCUUUUUGUAAAGAUGGAAAUUAAAAAGCACUCAUUUUGUCUUCAUUA